UAACUCAUAAGUGCAUUGUCCGAGCGGCCGGAGUUGACCACAAUAGCGUUCGGUGAAAAGGUUUUACAAUACAAACACACGGGUGUAUUAUACGCUUAUUGGACAUCAUUAGUCUGAUCGAAGUGUUGAUUUAUUUUUUCAAUAUUUUCUUGACACGCUGGUAAAAUCAGAUCUGAGUGUUGGCAGAGUUCAGCCUUCUACUCAGGUUUCGUGGACUCUAUCGUUAGAGAGCCUGUUGGGGACAGUUUAGCCUAUGGUGUUGAUUCUGUAAAACGAAGGUUUUAAAGUGGGUUUUUUUUUAUUGGAUGUACGAUGACGUCAUGGAUUGUACUGCGGAUGUUUGUUCAGUGCAGUAUUGGUGACCGCUGACAUGGAUAGACCAUCGUGUCCCGCUGUAGAUAUGAGAACGACACUAUAAGGAAGUAAUAUAUUCCUUAAGUGAGUCCAAGACAACAGGAUUCAAGAUGGCGGCCAUCGUAGAUCAGGUGAUCGGAAUCAUCACAAAGCCGAUGUAUAAAAGGAAUGAGGUCGAAAUUGAAGCCAUCCUGCCAUGGCUGCGGAAACGCAGUCUGCUGCUUCAAAAUCUCGACAGAGGUGUAUUACAAGACAUUAUGAAAAACUGUACCUAUCAGGCAUGCGACAGAGACGAAAUCAUUAUCAAACAGGGAGAGAAAGGUGACAGGGAGUCAACAGCCGAUGUGGAACCAAGUUUCUAUGUGAUCCUGAGCGGAAGUGCUUCCGUCUACAUUGACCCGAGGAUGACGGGGGAAGACGAAGGAGUGAUGGUUAGGGAGAAGACUCCACCUCCGAAGGUUGUUGAAAAACCCAAAUCAGAGAACGGAGAAGAGGAAGGUGAACAGGAGGAAGAAAACAACGACGAGGAUGAGGAGGAAAAGGAAAGAAAAUUGCAGGAACAACAGGAGCAAGAAAAGAAGCUUACGAAACUUGACAGAAACAAGUUUGGAAAGUUCAUCAUGACGUAUGAACCUGGGAAGGCAUUUGGUGAAGUCGCUCUCGUUAAACGCGAUGCCCUGCGAAAUGCUUCCAUUAUUGCUGACGAGCCCUGUGACCUUAUGGUGAUCGGUCAGGAUCUCUACGAACGGUCUCUGAAAGCUGACCAAGAAAAAGAGUUUGCCCAAAUUACGGCUUUCAUCGAUUCCCAUCCAUUCUUUUCGAGCAUGUCCAGCAAAUUCAAAAAGUUACUGGAAAUGAGUUUGCGGAAGGAAACGUACACAUUCGAUACUGUCAUUAUAAAGCAGGGCGAACCGGUGAUAGGACUCCAUUUCCUAAUCAAGGGACAAGCAAAAAUCAUUGCAGAACCACAUAGACAUCCGAAGCAGUAUCCUCAUCUAUGGCCUUUCGAGGCUGGUAUCGACAUCAUCUCUGUGGAAUUCGCCCACCUGAGGGAAGCAAGGCGAGCUGCUAUCCUCCGCAAGUAUGACGAUCCAUCAGUUUGGGAGACCAAGACGGAGGAUACGAUUAUCAGACGAGAACAGGGGUAUGCAGCGGUGGAGAAGUGGAUGAAGGAAAAACACAUAGAACUGUGUAGUGUACAGUCGGGAGAGGUACUAGGUGACAUAGAAACACUCAUGAACUUCACCACCUAUAUGCAAACGGUGAAGUGCACUGCCAACACGGAAGUGUACAUUCUUGAUGCAAAGAACUUUGAAAGACUUGUAGGCAAACGAAACUUAACAACGAUAGAUGUUAUGCGUGCGAAAGUGGUAGAAAAACUCCAGACACGUGUGGAUUCAAAGCAUGGACAUUUAGUGCCUCUUUUGAAAUUCUUACAUUUCAAAAUGAACGAGCAGAGUUUGCCACCACCGCGAGAACUACCGAAACUGAAAACUACAAAAGUGCUACCCGAUAAAGAAGUACAAAAACUGUUCUUACUACAGGCAUUCAAAUCUGGGAAAGCCCCACUUGUUGAGCCUAUAGUUCCAGGAACUUUAUACUACAAGGAUCUAAUGAAAGAAAAAGCAAAGUCUAGAGAACUGCAACGCAAGGCGGAAGGUAAGACGGCUGCUUCGGUUACGUCUACACUACGGGCGAACAAACGCAACAAACCAAAACGGCAACCGCGAAGUUUGAUGGCAAUUCGGGAAUCGCUACGACAAAUGAUGGAAGCCGAUGUCAUCCAAGUGGACAAUAAGUCGGCCCGGAAAAAACUUGGGUCAAAGUAUGGGUCAACUGUUUCUUUAGCUCCUUCUAACCAUUCGCAGCAAAUGUUUCCUCCAAUAGUACCCAUGACGGAUUCUAAACCGAAAAUUGACAAUUCUAAGAGCUUUAUGACAAUGCUGAGUUCUAAAUCCCAGGAAAAAGAAAAUCCUGUCAGAGAAGUGGAUAUUACUCCACGUGACCAUGGGUCAGUGCAAGGAAACGGUAGUUCACAAGAACAGAAGAAAGUGUCCCCAAGGAAACAAAAACCAGUGCUUAUAACGGAAACUACCAACCCUAAACGUGACGCAGAUUUACCGAUGAUAACUGAGGAACGAACACAAGAGGAAAUCGUCCUUCAGAAGAGAAUUUCAGGAAUCUAUACUAAAGACGGAGAUACUUUAGAUGGUAGAUUGGCUUUACCAGCCAUAAAAGUAUCAUCGACUGACCGAAAUCAGUCACGCGUGAAACAACAGAAACAACAACAAAGUGCGAAUUCUGAUGCAAUAGUUUUCCCAAACAAUGUGACAGGCGAGCGCGUUGUUCUACCUCCCAUUGAUGGAACAGAGGAUUCAGGUCCUCCUGUUCAAAAGGGGAAAUGGGGAAGCGCAAUGAAAUUUAUAAACGAAGAAAUACAGGAACGUAUAGCUAAUAAAGUGGAAAAUGGUAUUUAUCAACAGGAAGUUGACAGUGAUUUCCACAACAAAGCUAUGGUCAUGCUUGAAAGCAAGAUCGAAUCUUUCAACGUUCAACAUGGUGGACCGUCAAAGGGUCUACCGAAACUAGCACGAUACAAUGUCGAUACGCGGCAGUAUCGACGACGACAGGAAGAUGAGUUAAAUACGCCAAAGCCAGGUGGGAAGGUUUGGAUCCGGAAGCGGAUGUGCAGGUUUGCUGACAACAAAGUGCAGGUCAAGGAUCAUCAGCACGUGCGGCACUACAUUGUUAACGACCUUCCUCAGUUUGAUCAGGUGACUCAAAAAUCUGAGGAUGAGUAUGAUAGUUAUAGUCUAUUCUCGCAGGUAAAAACGUGAUUUUGCUUGGUUUUGGUACCUCCACCCUCUCCCUCUGAUACUUCGAAUGUCACAACACUUUUCACGUGGAUCCAAAGGUCAUGUGUCGUGUGAGUCAUUGAGAACACUCUCAUGUUCACACACGUUAUAUAUUCAGUACUCGGCUAUAUAUCUAUUUCUUGAGCAUGUGAAACUAUUACUAAAACUACUUUACUUCUAUUCAUUAAAUGCAUAACAAAUUUUCCAUACGAAUCUGAUUUUCAUUUUGAACUAAUUUGUAAGUAUUGUGUGAUAUCAUCAUCAAUUUCAUGUUCGAAAUGAGAUUUGAAAUUUAAAUCGAAUCAUUAACAUGUGUAAUGGAUUUUAAAUCAAACUCGAUAUAUUGAAAUUAUUGAAUCACGGUCGAUUGACCACAGAUAUCAAAGAGAUUUUAAGAGACUUUACAUGAUAGAGAAUAUAUUUGAAUUCCAUAUGACGAACUGUUGUGAACUAGAGCUAGAUAGAAAUCGUAGACAUGUAGGUGGCUAUUACUGUAGUUUAAGCCAUAGAAAAUAGAAUACUAAAACAAAAAUAUUAUGUAUACAGUAAAUAUUUUUGUUUUACCCGUUUUUAUGAAUUAAAUUUAUUAACGAAAAAUUAACCAUUUAAUAAUAUAUAAUGUUGAUAUAAUGUUAGUUCAUUUGGUUUGAUACUCCUGUGCUUUUGUUACGAAAUACAAUUAUUUCGUAUUGUACUAUAAUGAAGACGUAAUAAGUAGUUUGUAACGAUUGGUUCAAUAGUUGACAGGUACAUAUUUCAAUACAUCAUUACUAAAGAAAAAUCAAAAGGCCAGUUAAUAUUAAAAAGAUAUAUAAAAAGUUAAUAUAUUUUACAUGAAACAUAUGACAUUGUUUGUCAUUCUUGUACAAAAUUAUCGUACCAAAUUAAAUAUUCAUCAUCAAAGUUGUGACAUAAAGAACGCAUGAAUUGAUUUUCCUUGAAUAUUAAAUAGUUUUCAAAAAACAUCUGCUGAAGAAAAUUCUUUCGGAAUUUAUCAUUCAUAUCUUCAUUGAAACUGUAUUUUCCAAGAAAAGGUGGUGGAAAGACAAUUUACAGGGUAUUUGUAUAAUUGGUUUUAAUUCACUAACUUGAUUUCGAUUUUCAAUACAAUGUAUACGUAAAAUAAUUGAUAUAGGUUAUAUGCAGUGCUUUGCAUACGUGAAUAUUAUACCGAAUAUGCAUUCUGUAUCGUAAGUCAGAUAAAUGCAUUUUAUUCGCAAGUAUUUCAAAUCUUAAAAUUGUUACCAGUUUCAAAGUGACGAAAGAUAUAUUGGAAAAUGACUUUGAAAGCCACUUAUCUUGAAAAUGUCCAUGGCAAAUUAUAUCUCGUUAAUUAAACAUCAUUGAUAACUUGUCAAUUGUAUGACAUUGAUAUCUCGUCAUUGUAUAUCGUUGAUGUCUCGUCAAUUGUAUAUCGUUGAUGUCUCGUCAAUGUCAAAUGCACAUCAUUGAUAUCUCGUCAAUUGUAUAACAUUGAUAUCUCGUCAAUUGUAUAACAUUGAUAUCUCGUCAAUUGUAUAACAUUGAUAUCUUGUCAAUUGUAUAGCAUUGAUAACCCGUCAAUUGUACAGCAUUGAUAUCUCGUCAAUUGUAUAUUAUUGAUAUCCCGUCAAUUGUAUAUCAUUGAUAUCUCGUCAAUUGUAUAUUAUUGAUAUCCCGUCAAUUGUAUAACAUUGAUAUCUUGUCAAUUGUAUAUCAUUGAUAACCCGUCAAUUGUAUAUCAUUGAUAUCUCGUCAAUUGUAUAUCAUUGAUAACCCGUCAAUUGUAUAUCAUUGAUAUCUCGUCAAUUGUAUAUUAUUGAUAUCUCGUCAAUUGUAUAUUAUUGAUAUCUCGUCAAUUGUAUAUUAUUGAUAUCCCGUCAAUUGUAUAUUAUUGAUAUCUCGUCAAUUGUAUAUUAUUGAUAUCUCGUCAAUUGUAUAUCAUUGAUAUCUUGUCAAUUGUAUAUUAUUGAUAUCUCGUCAAUUGUAUAUUAUUGAUAUCUCGUCAAUUGUAUAUCAUUGAUAUCUCGUCAAUUGUAUAUCAUUGAUAACCCGUCAAUUGUAUAUCAUUGAUAUCUCGUCAAUUGUAUAUCAUUGAUAUCUCGUCAAUUGUAUAUCAUUGAUAACCCGUCAAUUGUAUAUCAUUGAUAUCUCGUCAAUUGUAUAUCAUUGAUAUCUCGUCAAUUGUAUAUUAUUGAUAUCUCGUCAAUUGUAUAUUAUUGAUAUUGAUAUCUCAGCUGUACAUCGUCACCAUUACUUAAAAUGAUUCAAGUAUUUGUUGUAUCUACCCCAUCCCUCAAUAUAAUAAUAAAUAAAUAAAAUGAAACUCCAUUAAUUUAAAAAUCAUACUCUAAUUUUUGCACAUCUGAUUUGUUCUACAAUCUGUUGAUAAAACCCUCCUUGUUACUAAUUUACUUGUUAAUACAUAAUUUAUUCUACAUGAAAAAUCUUAAUAUUUUGUUUAGAUAAAGUUCAUUGUAAUCAAUUCAAUUCAAUUUCAAUUCAGCAAACAAUUCCCUACUGGUAUAUUAACAGUUACACAAGUAUAUAUAACUUGCGUAGUACUUACAUACAUUUCUGAAUAACUACUAUAAAAGAUUUCUAUACAUUAUAAUCAUACUUUAAUGGAAAACAUGAACAGUGCAUGAUUGAUAACUAAGUAUUCAUAUUCUAUAUGAAAUAUAUUUCACUCAGACUUUGUAACUACUUUUUGUUUUGCAGUGAUGCAGACUUAAGAUCUGGAUAAACUUUGAACCCAGCCAUAAAUCAAAUGCAUAAUAUCUCUUCACCUCAAUAGGCAGCAAAAAAACUCAGCCAAUAUCAACAGAUAUGUUUCCGUUUUAUAAUGUAAAAAUGAUUAUCAUCGCAUUUAACAAUUAAAUCUUCCAAACGUGUUUUGUCAUUGCAAGUAAUUUUUUUUACGAAAUUGAAUCAUUUACGAGAAAACAUUAAAGUAUUAUCAGGAUAAUUCCCAACAGCUUAAUGAAGAUUAAUCCAGACUUCCGUCGAAGGGAGAUAACCCUACCUUUGCAAUUUAUGAACUUUAUGUAAAAAAAACAUUACUCACCUCAUACCGAAUUUAAUAAAAAUUACCAUAUCUAAUUUAUAAAUGAAAUCAUUGCUUCAUUGAAUGUUUGAAACUGACGGUGAGGUUUUGAUGUUUUGUAGGACUAUAUAUAUUAGUAGAAUUAUCAAAAUGCCUUAGAAACAUAACCUUUCCAUUAAUAUUGGAGAAUACCUUCUCUCCAGUUUAUUCUGUGAUAUAUGCAUUUUUCAUUUUUAUGUUUUCAUCGAAUAUGCUUUAAUGUGUAAAAUACAUUUACUAGUAAACUGUUCCAAGUUCUGUGAUAAAUGUAAAAACAGUCUGUGAUAUUAGAAAAUAAUCAAUGUAUAAUGCAUGUAUGUAGUAUUUUGUAUAAUUUUUGAUAUUGUUGAACACUUAUGAAGAAUGUUAUAUACAUUUGUUAAGAUAAACAAACUAAAGUGUCAAUUUAUGUGACUAGUCUUUAAUAUAUUGUUUAACACAAUAAACAAAAACUAAUCAAUUA